GUGUAACGUAGAGUUCAGUUUAUGCAAAGCGAUUACCUGCAGAUGGGUGGCAACGUGCUGGUGAGUUCUCAGGCGAGGACUAUCUGUGCCUUCCCAUCAGCAAAUUUCACACACCACACCUCCCUGGCAGCUGGGCAGCUUUCAUACAUGCAAGGCAAUCAAGCCAUUGUCUCUCACAUUCUUCAUGUCACUGCAAGGGAUGCAUCUUAUUAUGACAUUUAGCCUAUUGUACUGUCUGUACUGUCUGACUCACCCAGACUAUUAUAGGCCUGCCCUUUUCACACUAUCGUGUCGAACCCAACCGUACAAUGCUGACUUGUAGUAACCAUAGCAACUUUGGUAGAUGUGUAAUCAGUCCAGCGCAGCACAAAAGAGUCAGAGUGAUCCACACUGAGAUCCCAACACAUCUCCCAGUGGUUUAAUUCCCAGCUUUUCUUCUUCAGAACGUUCAAGAUAAGCCUCUCGUACAUAGACAAGACGCUCUCUCAUGUUGACAUCGAUAACUGUCUGUGAGAAACAGGACUUGACAUCGAUAUCGCUCUGCUGCUGAAAUCGUAGUGAUAUUGUCUAGAUCCACUGCACCUGGCAAAUACUCUUCAAGAGUUAUCUGGGCAGAGUCAGACCAUGACACAGACCAUGACACGAUGAGCAUUAGCAAAACACACCAAAGAAUGUGCAAAGAAAGAUGAGGAAUCUGCAGCAUCAGCUCUAUUUUGUUGCAUAGAGAUUCUUAUUGGAGACAGACCAACAUUAGGAUUCAGGAAACAGACCAAGAAGAGGAGUCUCAGUGAGUUGCUCUACCCAGAGUACAGUAGCUAGAAUCGUGUUAAAAUACUAUUAAAAAUAAUUUAAAUAUUUGAUAUGUGUUUGAUUGACCCUCUGGUUUAAUGGACCAAUAAAAAGGGAAAAGUGAUACUUAGUCAGUUGCACAACUGAAUGCAAUCAACCGGAAUGUUUCUUCCUCAUUUAACCCAACCCCUCUGGAUCGGAGAUGUGCGGGGUUUGCUUUAAUCGACAUCAUCGGCGACCUGGGAGCAGUUGUUGUUGAUGGUUAACUGCCUUGAUCAAGGGCAGAACGGCAGAUUUUUCUAUCUUUUUGGCUCGAGGAUUCGAACCAGCGACCUUUCGGUUACUGGCCCAACACUCUUAACCACUAGGCUGCAAACCCCACCCAUCUGGCACAAAUGUUUUUUUUUAAACUAUAAAACAGAAAUAAAGAUUGUAAAAUAAUAUUUGAACCCAGGUCUGGAAGUAGCAAUAAUGAGGCUUUCCUGGUUCCCACCCAGUGGAGGCUCCUCAGAGGAGGAAGGGGAGGACCAUCCUCCUCAGUGAAUUUCAUAAAAAAUGACAAUUGUAAAACAUUUUAAAAGUUUGCCCUUUUAGAUAAAACCAUACUAAAUAUAUCACGUCACCAAAUAAUUGAUUAAAACACACUAUAGAAACUCACUAUCUACAGUAGCCUCAACAGCACCCUGUAGGGUAGCAACAUGGCGUAGCCGGAGGACAGCUAGCUUCCGUCCUUCUCUGGGUACAUUGACUUCAAUACAAAUCCUAGGAGGCUCAUGGUUCUCACUGUCACGCCCUGGUCGAAGUAUUUUGUGUUUAUCUUUAUGUAUUGGGUCAGGCCAGGGUGUGGCAUGGGGUUUUUGUAUUGUGGUGUGUUUUGUCUUGGGGUUUUGCAAAGUCUAUGGCUGUCUGGAGUGGUUCUCAAUCAGAGGCAGGUGUUUAUCGUUGUCUCUGAUUGGGAACCAUAUUUAGGCAGCCAUAUUCUUUGAGUUUGUCGUGGGUGAUUGUCCUUAGUGUCCUUGUUCCUGUCUGUGUUAGUUUUCACUAGUAUAGGCUGUUUCGGUUUUCGUUACGUUCUUUGUUUUGUAGUGUUUGUGUUUUAGAUUUGUGUUACGUUUUUGUUCAUUAAACAUGGAUCGCAAUCUACACGCUGCAGUUUGGUCCGACUCUCCUUCACCACACCUAGAAAACCGUUACAGAAUCACCCACCACAACCGGACCAAGCAGCUGUCAACAGGCAGGAGCCGCAGGAGAGGCAACAGAGGCAGCAGCAGCAGGAGCAGCAGCAACUACAGUGGGAGAAGCUGCACUACUUGGAGAAAUGGACUUGGGAGGAGAUUCUAGACGGGGAAAGGACCCUGGGAAAAGCCUGGAGAUUAUUGUCGCCCCAAAGCCGAGCUGGAGGCAGCAAAAGCAGAGAGGCGGCAUUAUGAGGAGCGAGCACGGCAGAGCGGAUGGAAGCCCGAGAGUCAGCCCCAAAAAUGUAUUGGGGGGAGGCUCACAGGGAGUAUGGCUGCCAGGUAGGAUAUCGGCGCAAACUCCCUGUGCUUACCGGGGGGCUAGAGAGACCGGGCAGGCACCGUGUUAUGCAGUGGUGCGCACGGUGUCCCCAGUGCGGGUGCAUAGCCCGGUGCGGUAUAUUCCAGCUCCUCGCAGUCUCGGCCGGGCUAGAGUGGGCAUCGAGCCAGGUAAGGUUGGGCAGGCUCGGUGCUCAAGAGCUCCAGUGCGCCUGCACAGUCCGGUCUAUCCAGUACCACCUCCACACCCCAGCCCUCCGGUAGCAGCUCCCCGCACCAAGCUUCCUGUGCGUGUCCUCGGUCCGGGACCACCAGUACCAGCACCACGCAUCAGGCCUACAGUGAGCCUCGCCUCUCCUGCCUGUUCAGCGCAGCUAGAGCUGUCAGCCUGCAUGAAGCAGCCAGAGCUGUCAGCCUGCAUGAAACAGCCAGAGCUGUCAGUCUGCAUGGAGCAGCCAGAGCUGUCAGUCUGCAUGGAGCAGCCAGAGCUGUCAGUCUGCAAGGAGCAGCCAGUCUGCAAGGAGCCGCCAGUCUGCAAGGAGCUGUCAGUCUACAUGGAGCAACCAGAGAUGUCAGUCUGCAUGGAGCAGCCAGAGAUGUCAGUCUGCAUGGAGCAGCCAGAGUUGUCAGUCUGCAUGAAGCAGCCAGAGAUGUCAGUCUGCAUGAAGCAGCCAGAGCUGUCAGUCUGCAAGGAGCUGUCAGUCUGCAAGGAGCUGCCAGUCUGCAAGGAGCUGUCAGUCUGCAAGGAGCUGCCAGUCUGUAAGAAGCCGCCAGAGCUGUCAGACCACAUGGAGCAGCCAGAGAUGUCAGUCUGCAUGGAUCAGCCAGAGAUGUCAGUCUGCAUGGAGCAGCCAGAGCUGUCAGUCUGCAUGAAGCAGCCAGAGCUGUCAGUCUGCAUGAAGCAGCCAGAACUGUCAGUCUGCAAGGAGCUGUCAGUCUGCAAGGAGCUGCCAGUCUGCAAGGAGCCUCCAGUCUGCAAGGAGCUGUCAGUCUACAUGGAGCAGCCAGAGAUGUCAGUCUGCAUGGAGCAGCCAGAGAUGUCAGUCUGCAUGGAGCAGCCAGAGAUGUCAGUCUGCAUGGAGCAGUCAGAGUUGUCAGUCUGCAUGAAGCAGCCAGAGAUGUCAGUCUGCAUGAAGCAGCCAGAGCUGUCAGUCUGCAAGGAGCUGCCAGUCUGCAAGGAGCUGCCAGUCUGCAAAGAGCUGCCAGUCUGCAAAGACCUGUCAGUCUGCAAGGAGCUGUCAGUCUGUAAGGAGCUGUCAGUCUGCAAGGAGCUGCCAGUCUGUAAGAAGCCGCCAGAGCUGUCAGACCACAUGGAGCAGCCAGAGCUGUCAGUCUGCAAGGAGCAGCCAGUCUGCAAGGAGCCGCCAGUCUGCAAGGAGCUGUCAGUCUACAUGGAGCAGCCAGAGAUGUCAGUCUGCAUGAAGCAGCCAGAGAUGUCAGUCUGCAUGGAGCAGCCAGAGUUGUCAGUCUGCAUGAAGCAGCCAGAGAUGUCAGUCUGCAUGAAGCAGCCAGAGCUGUCAGUCUGCAAGGAGCUGUCAGUCUGCAAGGAGCUGCCAGUCUGCAAGGAGCUGUCAGUCUGCAAGGAGCUGUCAGUCUGCAAGGAGCUGCCAGUCUGUAAGAAGCCGCCAGAGCUGUCAGGCCACAUGGAGCAGCCAGAGAUGUCAGUCUGCAUGGAUCAGCCAGAGAUGUCAGUCUGCAUGGAGCAGCCAGAGCUGUCAGUCUGCAUGAAGCAGCCAGAGCUGUCAGUCUGCAUGAAGCAGCCAGAGCUGUCAGUCUGCAAGGAGCUGUCAGUCUGCAAGGAGCUGCCAGUCUGCAAGGAGCCUCCAGUCUGCAAGGAGCUGUCAGUCUACAUGGAGCAGCCAGAGAUGUCAGUCUGCAUGGAGCAGCCAGAGUUGUCAGUCUGCAUGAAGCAGCCAGAGAUGUCAGUCUGCAUGGAGCAGCCAGAGCUGUCAGUCUGCAUGAAGCAGCCAGAGCUGUCAGUCUGCAUGAAGCAGCCAGAGCUGUCAGUCUGCAAGGAGCUGUCAGUCUGCAAGGAGCUGCCAGUCUGCAAGGAGCCUCCAGUCUGCAAGGAGCUGUCAGUCUACAUGGAGCAGCCAGAGAUGUCAGUCUGCAUGGAGCAGCCAGAGAUGUCAGUCUGCAUGGAGCAGCCAGAGUUGUCAGUCUGCAUGAAGCAGCCAGAGAUGUCAGUCUGCAUGAAGCAGCCAGAGCUGUCAGUCUGCAAGGAGCUGCCAGUCUGCAAGGAGCUGCCAGUCUGCAAGGACCUGUCAGUCUGCAAGGAGCUGCCAGUCUGCAAGGAGCUGUCAGUCUGCAAGGAGCUGUCAGUCUGCAAGGAGCUGCCAGUCUGCAAGGAGCUGCCAGUCUGCAAGGAGCUGUCAGUCUGUAAGGAGCUGUCAGUCUGCAAGGAGCUGCCAGUCUGUAAGGAGCCGCCAGUCAGCGUGGAGCAGCCAGAGCCGACAGUCAGCAUGGAGCAGCCAGAUCUUUCAGUCUGCCCAGCGCCACCAGUGCCGCCAGUCUGCCCAGCGCCGCCAGUCUGCCCAGCGCCGCCAGUAUGCCCAGCGCCGCCAGUCUGCCCAGCGCCGCCAGUCUGCCCAGCGCCGCCCACGCCGCCAGUCUGCCUUGCGCCGCCAGUCUGCCCUGCGCCGCCAGUCUGCCCAGCGCCGCCAGUGCCCCCAGUCUGCCCAGCGCCGCCAGAGCCCCCAGUCUGCCCAGCGUCGCCAGUGCCCCCAGUCUGCCCAGCGCCGCCAGUGCCCCCAGUCUGCCCAGCGCCGCCAGUGCCCCCAGUCUGCCCAGCGCCGCCAGUGCCCCCAGUCUGCCCAGCGCCGCCAGUGCCACCAGUCUGCCCAGCGCCGCCAGAACUGCCAGUCGGCCAGGAUCUGCCAGUCGGCCAGGAUCUGCCAGUCGGCCAGGAUCUGCCAGUCAGCCUGGAUCCGCCAGUCAGCCAGGAUCCGCCAGUCUGCCAGGGUCAGCCAGGACCCGCCAGAACUGCCAGUCGGCCAGGAUCCACCAGUCGGCCAGGAUCCGCCAGUCGGCCAGGAUCCGCCAGUCUGCCAGGAUCCGCCAGUCUGCCAGGAUUCGACAGAACUGCCAGUCAGCCAGGAUCUGCCAGUCAGCCAGGAUCCGCCAGUCAGCCAGGAUCCGCCAGUCAGCCAGGAUCCGCCAGUCAGCCAGGAUCCGCCAGUCAGCCAGGAUCUGCCAGAUCCGCUAGUCAGCCAGGAUCCGCCAGUCAACCAGGAUCUGCCGGAACCACCAGCCAGCCAGGAUCUGGUAGAUCCAUCAACCUGCCUGAGCUUCCUCUCACUCCUGAGCUUCCUCUCACUUCUGAGCUUCCUCUCACUCCAGAGCUUCCUCUCACUCCAGAGCUUCCUCUCACUCCUGAGCUUCCUCUCACUCCAGAGCUUCCUCUCACUCCUGAGCUUCCUCUCACUCCUGAGCUUCCUCUCACUCCCUAGCUUUCUCUCACUCCCGAGCUUUCUCUCACUCCCGAGCUUUCUCUCACUCCCGAGCUUUCUCUCACUCCCGAGCUUCCCCUCAGUCCCGAGCUGCCUCAGUCCCGAGCUGUCCUUCAGUCCCGAUCUGCUCCUCAGUCCAGUGGGGUUCUGGGUGAGGACUACUAGGCCAUGGUCGGCGGCGAGGGUGGACUAUCCAGGGACGCGAGGAGAGGGGACAAAGACAUUCACUGAGUGGGGUCCACGCCCCCACCGGAGCCGCCACCAUGGACAGACGCCCACCCGGACCCUCCCUAUUGUUUUGAGGUGCGUUCGGGAGUCCGCACCUUAGGGGGGGGGGGUUCUGUCACGCCCUGGUCGAAGUAUUUUGUGUUUAUCUUUAUGUAUUGGGUCAGGCCAGGGUGUGGCAUGGGGUUUUUGUAUUGUGGUGUGUUUUGUCUUGGGGUUUUGGUGUGUAUAUAUUGGGAUUGUAGCUAGUGGGGUGAUCUAGCAUAGUCUAUGGCUGUCUGGAGUGGUUCUCAAUCAGAGGCAGGUGUUUAUCGUUGUCUCUGAUUGGGAACCAUAUUCUUUGAGUUUGUCGUGGGUGAUUGUCCUUAGUGUCCUUGUUCCUGUCUGUGUUAGUUUUCACUAGUAUAGGCUGUUUCGGUUUUCGUUACGUUCUUUGUUUUGUAGUGUUUGUGUUUUAGAUUCGUGUUACGUUUUUGUUCAUUAAACAUGGAUCGCAAUCUACACGCUGCAGUUUGGUCCGACUCUCCUUCACCACACCUAGAAAACCGUUACACUCACGCCCUUCCAUAGACUUACACAGUAAUUAUGACAAAUUCCGGAGGACGUCCUCCAGCCUAUCAGAGCUCUUUCAGCAUGAACUUAGAUGUUGUCUACCCAAUUAAGGAUCAGAGAAUGAUCUAGUACUGAAAGCAUAAUCUACAGCUAGUACUGCAGUGUAUAACGUGGUGAGUAGUUGACUCAGAGAGAAAGACAAUAGUUUAACAUUUUUUUAUAAAUUCAUUUCUUCCAAAAUGAAGGAGAAGCAAGAGAGAAAUAGAAUUGUCAUUUUUUUUCUCAGUUUCACUUACUUAGCUAGCUAAUGCAACUAGCUAGUUUAGCCUACUGAAACACCCCGCUCAAACAGAGGGAUGCUAUGUUAGCUAGCUGACCAACACAACACUGGAACUCUUCCAAGUCAAGGUAAGCUUUUUGUAUUACUAAUUUCUUGCCACAGGGGCCCACCGAAAUAACUGCUUACUGACUGUACAUUGUAACGUUACUGCAUGAUUGUAGCGGGUUUACUAACGCAUUAGUUCUAUUAGCUAUGUUACUUUACCUAAUAUGGUGACAACGAUAUAGGCUGUGUGUAGCGGUUUGGCUUGGAAAUAAUUUUUCGCCUGGUCACAUACAGCUGAUGUGUUGUGCAUUGAAGUCCACAAGCGAAGAGAAGAGGUGAGAGGAGGAGAGCGCAUAGAUGCGACAAGGAAUACAAAAUGGCUGCUAUGAAAGUUAACUGUGUUUACGCGUGCUCAGGGGCUCAGGGGUGUAUUCAUUCCCCCGAUUCUGUUGAAAAACGUUUCUUAAACGGAAGCAAAUGGAAUUAAACGGUGAUAAACAUACCUGAAUUUGUGCAAUAGAAACUCUUGUCUGCAACUGUUGGACAAAUGAUUACACCCUAUAUCACCUAUAUGCAGGUUAGAGUGUGUAAGGCAGUAUUAAAUGUCACUGUCUUUCCAUGUGUCACCGUCUGUGUCCUCAAAUGUGUCUCUCGACCUGUGUGCACCUAUAUUGUAAACUUUAAUUCAUAGGCUUGGUUGUAGAAACCUUAUGAUGGGUAUAGGGAAACAUUUUGUAUAAUGUAGUAUCCUAAACCUAAUCGCUGUUACAUUGAAUGGGGUGAAUGGAAUAUGAAUAAGAUUCAUCCAAUGUGCUGAAAUAGAAAAAAGGCCACGAUAAUGAGGGGAAAAAGCGUCCUCCCUCAGCUUAAACGGCACUGACCACCACUGUUUCCACCACAGCAGUUAGGUUUACUGUACUGUAAACAAAGGGUUGUUCUGUGUUUGCAAAGCAAGGUGUGUCCUGUUUAAAUGAGCUGUUUGUGUGUGGUGAAACAUGGGCCCAUAUACCCAGUACACACUACACAGACAUUAAAGCACUAGCUGCAAAUUAUCUGUAAAUAAUUUUUAGAAGCAUGGUCAGAACUUAGACAUCAGAGUUACCGACUGCACUGUCUUCAUGUAGCCUUCACUCAAUGACCCUCAAAGACGGAUUUAGUUGGAUUUGCCAUGUAAGCAGCAUCCCAGUCUUUACAACAGUUUGUGUGUGUGAGGCAUUUCAAACCAAACAUCUCCUCAGAAGUUUGUGUAUACAGUAUCUCUCAAUGUCUAGUUAUGGAUUUCCUUCAGCUAGACUGUGAAAGAUAAUCCAAUCCUUUCCUGUUUGUUCUCUCCAUGGCUGUCUGCUCUGUCAUCUCCAGCCACAGACCAUAUUUGUUUGUAGUCUCCCAGGACUGUUUUCAUGAGUAGCUGGCCAGCGCAUGCAAUAUUUGGUCCUGGGUUGUGGGUUCCGAGAUUAAUUUGUUUGUGAUGUCCUCCUCAGCUGAGCCCAGCAGCCGCCAGCAGACCAACCUGGUCACACCAUCACUAUCAGUUUUAGUUUUCACAGUAAGCACACGGAAAUGUCUCCUACUUGAUUAAAUUGUUUGUAUCAUGGUAAACAUUUGAUUUCAGAUACAGCCUGUUUGUGGCAUAUGGCGAUAUCCUUACUAUUACUAGAAAAUAUAAUUUGUUUGCCUUUUGGUUACUAUGGGAAAGGGUGGGGAACGGAGGUGUCUUUUUCUCAAUAAUACCUUCUAAAUCCUGCAUGUGGAAAUCUCUCUCCCAUUCUCAGAUUAAUCCUAAACCCACACAUAUAUUAAAUUUCAUCGUCUACAGGGAUUGUUCCAGGAAAAAUAAUCUCAAAUUCUUAAUCUCUUCUCAAUCAUGUAGGAUGUGUAUUUGGAUCAUGAGAGAAAUGUAAAAGUCAUGGAGAAAAGUUUAUAUUAGAAAAUAGAAAUUAAGAAAGGCUGAUGUGUUGGAUGUAGUACUCAAAUAUACGGAAUGAUAAAAAAAUAUAUAAAAAUGAUUCUCAACCAAGUUUUCAGAGCCUGCAAACACGUGUGAAAUACCAAGAUAAACAUGACCAGCUUGAGUAUCAAAUUGAAAGGUUGAGAUGUUUUGGUUUGUCGAUUUAUGUUGAACCCGAACAAACCCAUGAUGAGUUGUCCUCUGACGGUAUCUUGGCCAAUCAAGUGUUUAAUGUCUAAAUAUGGUCAUCUGAUGUCAAUCCCUUUGUUUUAGCAGAUAUACGUUUUAGCUGUCGCUGUCCCCCUUUACCCUUUCUGGAGAAAAUAUCAAAAUCUUUCAAUCUCAUGCGAUGUGCUCAUGCACUGAUGUCUGUAUCAAAUGUAUGCCUUUUGUAGAGAAUGUACCUCAAAGCAGAGUUCCUCAGUAAAGGGGAUGCUGUGGCUAUAUUAUUAGCAUGCACAUUAGUUCAGUUUAUACCCUAAAAAGGAACAUCCUUCCUUCAGAAUUGAAUAUAAAUGUAAUAAAUGUGUCUACUGUGCCUUGCUAACUGCCCAAAGCAAAGCACAUCAUGCAUUUUGUCUCAAAGUGCUAUUUCCAUGGCACUUCAACAGCUACAGUCCCUUCAGAAAGUAUUCACACCUGUCAUGUGUGCUCCCUUUCUGGCCUCUAGGUCACCUGGCUGCUUGUUAUGGUGCACCCUGUCACCAUGGUUACGCACAUAGUGACACUCACCUGGACUCCAUCACUGCCUUGAUUAUCUUCCCUAUAUAUGUCACUCCCUUUGGUUUCUUCCCCAGUCGUCAUUGUUUCUGUUUCAUGUCUGUGCUUGUUCAUGUUUCUUGUUUUGUAUUAUGUUUUGUUUAUUGAUUAAAUCACUCACUCCUUGACAGUAGUGGAGUGGGUAGUAAGUUUUAAGUUCCUCGGUGUACACAUCACGGACAAACUGAAUUGGUCCACCCACACAGACAGCGUUGUGAAGAAGGCGCAGCAGCGCCUCUUCAACCUCAGGAGGCUGAAGAAAUUCGGCUUGUCACCAAAAGCACUCACAAACUUCUACAGAUGCACAAUCGAGAGCAUCCUGUCGGGCUGUAUCACCGCCUGGUACUGCAACUGCUCCGCCCACAACCGUAAGGCUCUCCAGAGGGUAAACUACCUGGGGCAAACGACCUGCCCUCCAGGACACCUACACCACCCGAUGUCACAGGAAGGCCAUAAUGAUCAUCAAGGACAACAACCACCCGAGCCACUGCCUGUUCACCCCACUAUCAUCCAGAAAGCGAGGUCAGUACAGGUGCAUCAAAGCAGGGACCGAGAGGCUGAAAAACAGCUUUUAUCUCAAGGCCAUCAGACUGUUAAACAGCCACCACUAACAUUGAGUGGCUGCUGCCAACAUACUGACUCAACUCCAGCCACUUUAAUAAUGGAAAUUGAUGUAAAAAUGUAUCACUAGCCACUUUAAACAAUGCCACUUAAUAUAAUGUUUACAUACCCGACAUUACUCAUCUCAUAUGUAUAUGUAUAUACUGUACUCAUUUAAACUGCUGCGUCUUGCCUCAUCUACUGCAUCUUGCCAUCUUUAUGUAAUACAUGUAUCACUAGCCACUUUAAACUAUCCCACUAUGUUUAUAUAUCCUACAUUACUCAUCUCAUAUGUAUAUACUGUACUCUAUACCAUCUACUGCAUCUUGCCUAUGCCGUUCUGUAUCAUCACUCAUUCAUAUAUCUUUAUGUACAUAUUCUUUAUCCCUUUACACUUGUGUGUAUAAGGUAGUAGUUGUGGAAUUGUUAGGUCAGAUUACUCGUUGGUUAUUACUGCAUUGUCGGAACUGCUAAAUGGCAUAUAUACAUACAUAUAUAUAUAUAUAUUAUAUAUAUUAACUAGAAGCACAAGCAUUUUGCUACGCUCGCAUUAACAUCUGCUAACCAUGUGUAUGUGACAAAUAAAAUUU